CUUUGAGUUGGGAUGAGACAUGAUUUUGGAUAUCAACAGACACAACGAAACACAUAUGGUAGGUUACUUGUAGUGGUCAGACCCAAUGGAUAUUACUCGUACCCAGCUGAACUUGGAGAAAAUGGACGUGGCAGCUUCAUCCGGGGACUUUCACACAGGUCUGGCCGCAGCAGUGUGCGUCACGGUGAUGUCUGAACUCGGCGACAAAUCCUUCAUCAUGUCGGCCAUCCUUGCAAUGCACCAUUCUCGCUCCCUUACCUUCCUCGGCACCAUGCUCGGCCACCUGAUCAUGACAACAAUUGCUGUUGUUCUUGGAAUGGCUGCAAGUAUUAUCCCAGAAGUUUAUACGAAAUGGGCUUCCUGCAUCUGUAUGACGUUUUUUGGCCUGAAGAUGCUCAAGGAGGGCUUCGGAAUGCCUGAGGAAGAGGAGGAAGAAAUAAACCAAAAUGAAAAACUCAAGAUAUUUUAUGCAAAGAGCGAAAAGUGUGAUAAAAUAGACAAACUAAUAGACAAUAAGGAUACAAUAGACAAUAAUUUUAAAGAACAAAUUGAAGGAAUAAGCCUGGAUGACAAAACACAGAAUGGAAGCAGUAAACAGAACUCAAGAAGGAACUCGACAGAUGGAGUUCUAAUGCAGGCGUUCACUCUGUCAUUUUUGGGGGAGUGGGGAGACAGGUCUCAGAUAGCUACGAUUCUGCUGGCCAGCACAGAGAACCCCUACGGUGUGGCAGUGGGAAGUUUUCUUGGACAUGUGAUUUGCACUCUGGCAGCCGUAGUAGGAGGUCGCUUGAUUGGCAAGAAAUUCCCUGUCAAAACAAUGACUCAAGUUGGAGGGGUGGUGUUCCUUCUGUUUGCAGCCUCAUCUCUAAUUUUUGAAUAGUUUUAGAUUUGUCUAUUUACAUAGUUUAAGUUUUAUACCUGUGAGUUUUACAUGUUUUUUUUUAUCCGGUUAUUUAACUUAAGAGUGUUCAAGAUCCUGUAUAAUGUUACAUAAUUUUUAAGUUACCAUAUGAAAUAUUACACAUCACAAUGAAAUACUAUGUUAUGAAUAAAUUUUGGUUGUUGACAGUGUUA